AUGUCACAUUUGAACAACAUAGCCACCAAAGUAGCCAAUCUCAAUCAUCUAAGACAGCUCCAUGCCCACCUCAUUCACCAUUCUCUUCACUACCAAAACCACUGGGUGGCUUUAUUGCUUUCCCACUGCACAAACCUGCUCGCACCAUUCACCUAUGCUCGUUCUGUUUUCUGUUCUGCUACUGUACCUGACCUUCAUGUCUUCACUUCCAUGCUCAAAUACUAUUCUCAAGUUGGUGCCCAAACUGAAGUACUUCUGCUCUACAAACAUAUGCAAUCACUUGGUAUAAAGCCUCCUGGGAUACCCUUUUUCCCAGUUUUGAUAAAAGCUGCAGGAAAAGCCAGCUUCAUGUUCCAUGCUCAUGUAGUGAAAUUGGGUCAUGUUGAUGAGCGUUAUGUGAAGAAUGCGAUCAUGGGUGCGUAUGCGAAACAUGAAGGUAUUGAAAUUGCUUGGAAGGUGUUUGAUGAAAUGACUGAGAGAAGUGCUGCAGAUUGGAAUGUGAUGAUUGGUGGGUGUUGGAAGUGGGGCAAUGAGGAGGAAGCUAGGAGGAUUUUUCAUUUGAUGAAUGAUUCUGAGAGGAAUGUUGUUACUUGGACCACUAUGGUUACUGGGUAUGCCAAGUUAAGGGAUUUGGAAAGUGCAAGGAUGUAUUUUGACAAGAUGCCCGAGAGAACUGUGGUGUCUUGGAAUGCAAUGUUAUCAGGGUAUGCUCAAAGUGGAGCUCCUGAAGAGACUUUAAGAUUGUUUGACGACAUGCUUGAUUCUGGGAUGGAACCAGAUGAAACAACAUGGGUUACUGUUAUAUCAUCUUGUUCAUCUCUUGGGGAUCCCUGUAUUGCUGAGUCACUAGUCAGAAGGCUAUACAGAAAGAAAAAUUAUUCAAGUUAUUAUGUGAGGACGGCGCUGCUUGAUAUGCAUGCAAAAUAUGGGAACCUAGAGGCUGCUCGGGACAUUUUUAAUCAACUAGGUAUGCAUAGAAACAUUAUCUCAUGGAAUGCCAUGAUUUCUGCAUGUGCAAGAGUAGGGGAUUUAUCGUCAGCACAAUACCUCUUCAAUGAGAUGCCAGAGAAGAAUACUGUCUCGUGGAAUUCUAUGAUUGCUGGUUAUGCUCAAAAUGGCGAGUCACUCGCAGCACUGGACCUGUUCAAAGAAAUGAUCUCCCGUAAAGAUUCAAGACCUGAUGAGGUGACUAUGGUUAGUGUUAUCUCUGCUUGUGGACAUCUUGGGGCACUAGAGUUGGGUAAUUGGGCUGUGAGCAUCCUGAAAGAAAAUCACAUCAAUCUCACCAUCUCAGGAUACAACUCUAUAAUUUUCAUGUACUCAAGAUGUGGCAGCAUGGAAGAUGCCACAAGAACAUUUCAAGAAAUGGAAACCAGAGAUGUGGUUUCCUACAACACAUUUAUUUCAGGGUAUGCAGCCCAUGGCCAUGGACAUAAAGCUAUAAAUCUACUGUCAAAAAUGAACGAAGAAGGGAUUAAACCAGAUAGGAUAACCUAUAUAGGAGCACUAACAGCAUGUAGUCAUGAAGGAUUAUUAUUAGAAGGCCACAAGGUUUUUGAAUCAAUUGAAGUUCCUGAUGUAGAUCACUAUGCAUGCUUGAUUGAUCUGUUAGGCAGAGUGGGUAAACUAGAAGAAGCAAUCAAGUUGAUUUCAACCAUGCCAAUGGAACCCCAUGCUGGAAUCUAUGGCUCCCUUCUAAGCGCUUGCCGAAUUCAUAAACGAAUCAAACUAGGGGAACUCGCUGCAGCAAAACUGUUCAAGCUUGAGCCACAUAACUCAGGCAAUUAUGUGUUACUAUCAAACAUAUAUGCUUCAGCUGGUAGGUGGGAAGAUGUUGAUAAAGUUAGGAAAACAAUGACAAAACAAGGACUGAAGAAAUCAACUGGAUGGAGUUGGGUGGAACAUAAGGGUCAAAUGAACAAGUUCAUAGUGGGAGACAGAUCACAUGAAAGGUCAGAUGAUAUCUAUAAGCUUCUGAUAGGUCUAAAAGUUAAGAUGAGAAAUGCAGGAUAUGUAGCAGAUAAAAGUUGUGUAUUAAGGGAUGUUGAAGAAGAAGAGAGGGAAGAGAUGGUGGGAGUUCACAGUGAGAAAUUGGCUGUUUGUUUUGGUCUACUAGUUAGUGAGAUGGGGACAGUAAUAAGGGUAGUGAAGAACUUAAGGAUAUGUGAGGACUGUCAUACAAGCAUCAAGAUGAUAUCUAAAUUGGAGGGAAGGAAAAUAAUUGUAAGGGAUAAUAACAGGUUUCACUGUUUUAAUGAUGGGCUUUGUUCUUGCAAAGAUUACUGGUAGGGAAACAUAUUGUAGUUUUUAUAGUUUCAUUCAAUUUUGAAUUUGAUCAUUGUAAUUUGAAAAUUGAUAAUUAAAUCACUUUAAUCCACAUCAUUUUUCAUUCAAA